AAAGAGAAAGAGAAAGAGAGAGAAGUUCGUCCUUUACUCCUCCCUCCCUGCCUUUCAAAAUGUGGGUAUUAUCCUUCUUCUUCUUCAAUCUCUCUCUCAUGCAUUAAUGUCCGGUCUCUGAGCUGAAACAGUGUACGCGACCGUGGUCUUUUGAUUAGCAGUUUGGUCAGAAAAUUAACCAGAAAUUUGUCUUUCUUUCUGCUCAAACAGAACAGAACAAUAUACAGUCUUCUUUUGCAUCCUCCGAAGGACCCCUUCUUCCUCCUCCUCCUCAAUCUGCUCCUAUGCCUAUGAGUUAAGAGUAAACUUGUUGCUAGAUCUAUUCAAUUUAUGCAAGAUGAAGUUUGUAUCAAAGAAUUGUUGGAAGCCAAAGCUGCCUUUGCACCCGAAAGAAAAAUCAGCUACACGCUUUUGUAUGUUUUCCAAAGUAAAACCAUGUAAUUACGGUCCUGGAAAGACUCCGGUGUAUCUCAAUGUCUACGACUUGACAACGAUGAAUGGCUAUGUUUAUUGGGCUGGCCUUGGCAUAUUUCACUCCGGUGUUGAAGUUCAUGGAGUAGAAUAUGCAUACGGAGCACACGAAUUUUCUUCUAGUGGCGUAUUUGAGGUUGAACCUCGACAAUGCCCGGGAUUCAAGUUUAGAAGGUCUAUAUUUGUUGGAACUACAGAUUGGGACGCUGUUCAAGUAAGGGAAUUCAUGGAGAUGUACUCUUCCAACUAUAACGGUGACAUGUAUCAUUUGAUUGCCAAGAAUUGCAACCAUUUUUGCAAUGAUAUUUGCUACAUGUUGACUGGAAAAUCAAUACCAAAGUGGGUAAAUCGCCUAGCUAAACUAGGCUCGAUGUUCAAUUGCAUGCUGCCCGAAAGUCUAAAGAUAUCUGCUGUGGAACGUGAUCCUGGUUACCAAGAAUGCGACGACAGUGAGAAGACGAGGCUAAGAACGUCAUUUCAUUGCUUAUCGUCUAUUUCAUCUAGACAAAAGCAGUUAUCUAAUUCGUCGAUUUUGCUUCAAUCACCCCUAAAAGGCUGCCUGCCUCCAUGGGAGUUGAGAAAAGUUGCAGUGUAAGAAGGCAUGUAUUUGAGAAGAUGAUUUUCUUUUUAUCACUAAACGUUUGUUGGUAUUGAGAAUGUAUUUAAAUUUGUGUAAAAUUAUUAGUGUAUGGUCUAUGUAACAUAUAUAUUUGAUAUUCUGUCAUACUUUGCACUUGUGUAAAAAUUAAUUU